AUGCCUCCUAGGAAGAAAGCCAGGCAUGCUUCUCCCUCACGGUCCUUGAGUCCCCACAAUUCGAGGAUGAGGAAGGUCACCAACACGGCAUCUGAAGACGUUGACGAUUCUCGACGGCAAAGCAAACGGUCCACACGAGGUGUUGGUGGUCAUGUAGCACAGCUCAAAAAAGCUGGAGAGACCUUGAUGGCCCCAGCAAGGCAACAGAAGGGAAGAGGCACUGUCGAAAUAAGUGACUCAGAAGUCAAUCCAAUGGCACCUUCGCAGCAGCUCAAGAAAGGGAAGAAAAAGGCUGAUACGAAUUUCCUACCUCGUCUUGUUGAAGACGACGACUCACAAUCAAACACUCAAUGUUGUAAUCCGUUUCUACGCAUGGCCGGCCCUGAUGAUAGGUUUGGAUUCAAGUCAUCUUCCACUGACAAACAGGAUCCUCGGGAGGCAACUCAGCCCAUUGGUCGCAGCUCCAAGAAAGCCGUAGGUGAAUCCAUAGAAGAUGAGGCAAGGAAGGAUAGAAUGUGGGACUUGGAUGAACGUGACGAGUUAGAGAAUGACGAGUUAGAGAAUGACACCGAUGAACAUGAUCACAAUGAUCGACCCAGCGAAGAUGAAGAUAGUUUGUUGUGGGAUACGCAGGAGGCUUCAGUCGACCACAUGGCUUUAUGCGGCGAUGAAGACAAUGAAGACAAUGAAGAUGGCAAUACUCAGAUGGAUCCCGACCAGGGGGAUUUUGACAGCCAAGACUCAGGCAAUGAUACUCAUCAUGAAGCCACAGACACUUUUGAUUCUUCUCGCAAACAAGGGUCCGCCUGUCCACAUGAAACUGGCUUGAGGUCUCGUCAGCAUUCACCCAGCCUUGGAUCUCGUCGCCCCUCCCUCGAACGAGUAAGCACUUCUUCCUCUUCUGGGCGCUUGGCCCCUGGACGCGCACCUCACAGAGUACCAUCUGAAAAAACUGCAUCGACCUGUGUGCGGCCAGGGCGUCCACCUGCACACUUCUCUGUUUCUCAUUCAAAGUCCCCUCAUCCUUCCUCCUUUCGCAAACUGUCUCCUCAUCAGCGCUCUCCAACUCAGUCUAUGGUUUCUUCCAGCAUUCUGCUCAGCCAGAUCAAACACCUUCUCCCGCUCCUAGUUCAAGCCAAUCUCACUCUUGAAGUCCCUCACCUGUUCAAUGCAGCAAAUCUGGAGGCGGUGCACAAAUCUUGGCAGGCUCUCCUACAGGCAGCAAAGUUGGAAAUGUGGUUGCAGGCAAUUUUAUUGCAUCCUCUUCCAGUUCAUCAGGAAGCGGGCAACUCAGUACACAAGGAGCGCGUCAGUGCAGCAGCGGCUAAGCUCCUUAAGACCGGUGAAUAUCUUCGGCUUCCCGACUCUUCUGAGGGAAAAUAUACCAAUUUUGUGUCGCAGGUUCUCAAGGAAGCCUGCCUCAGUUUUUACUAUGGUAACAGUAAAAAAGCACUCAAGGUAACUGACGAAUUUCAAGACAGAAUUCCUGUCAAUGGCCUUAUUCUGGUGGCCGCGGUUAUGAAGGGUGUCCUCACCGGCUUCCGCGACAGUGGUACUGACAAGGUGCCUGACCUUACUGCUGAUACGUGCAGGGCCGACUUCAACUUACUGCAAAAGUCUGUCGACAAAUUGAUGACCAUUCCCGAACGUCGCGCGGAGCUUGAAGAGAUGCUGAAGGAAUGGGCUGAGGAGGGGAUGAUGGGUGAACUUCGCAAUGACUGGGACAGUGCAGCAGGCAGUGAUGAUAUCAAUAUCAUCAUUUAG